AUGUCUUUCCAAAAUCUUCAGUACCUCCUCGAAGCCGUUGCGGCGCACGAGAACAAUGGCAAUAUCAUUUCAUACUCCCCUGGAAAUAUGGCCCAGCCCAAGUCAUGUUCCUACCGUCGGCUGCUCGAGGUAGCCCGGAAUGCUUGCCGGGCUCUUCGCUCCGCAGAAACGUUCCAGCCUGGUUCCGUGGUCCUACUACACUUCAGCAGUCACUGGGACAACAUCGUCUGGUUCUGGGCUGUGUUAUUUGCUGGUUGCGUUCCUGCAAUGUCAACCGCUCUGUCAAACAGCUCUUCGCUUCGCAUGUCUCACCUAGGGCACUUGUCAAGGACUCUUAUGAACCCGUUAUGUUUGACUAGCGGAGCACUCCUGCCGGAGUUUGGGGGACAAGACUCAAUCCAACCCAUUGCAGUCGAGUCACUUGAUCCCGCGAAGGCUCUGAGAACCGAGCUGGGCGAUAUCUAUAGGGAGUCUGGUCCGACCGAUAGUGCCGUAUUGAUGCUCACGUCUGGAAGCACUGGGAAUUGCAAAGCCGUCUCUCUCACCCAUGGUCAAAUCCUUUUCGCCAUCGCGGGAAAAUUAUCGGUUGUCAUUCUGCCAGAGGAGGGCUCCUUCUUGAACUGGAUCGGCCUGGACCAUGUCGCCGGGCUUAUUGAAAUCCAUCUCCAGGCGAUGUACGCUCGCAAGGACCAGAUACAUGCUCCAACAAGGGAUAUUUUGUCAAAUCCGGCCGAGUUCCUCCACCUGAUUGACAGGCACCGCGUCUCCAGAACAUUUGCUCCCAACUUCUUCCUUGCCAGAAUCCGCGCGGUCCUCCAGGACAAGUCCAAUACGGCCAACGAACAUAGCUGGGAUCUCUGCUCCCUGCGGUUUAUCGCAUCUGGCGGGGAGGCGAACGUUACCAAAACCUGUGUCGACGUAUCGGAUCUUCUCGAACAAUAUGGUGCUGCCAAGAACGUCAUUGUGCCCGGAUUUGGGAUGACCGAGACUUGCGCAGGAGCAAUAUUCAAUACCCACUGCCCCCAGUACGACGUCGAGAAAUCGCUGGAGUUUACCUCCGUGGGCCUCUGCAUGCCCGGUAUCAGGAUGAGGAUUACCGACGGCUCUGGGGGCCUCAUAUUGCCCCCUGGCAUGAUUGGCAACCUUGAAGUGACGGGGCCAGUCGUCUGCCAAAAAUAUUUCAACGAUCCCACGGCCACUGCCAAUUCCUUCACCAGUGAUGGAUGGUUCAAAACAGGGGACAGGGGUAUGACUGACGAGACAGGCUUUCUCACACUGAUGGGUCGCGCCAAAGAAACCAUGAUCGUAAAUGGAAUCAAGUACAAUCCGCAGGAAAUCGAGAGUGCACUGGACGAAUCGAAAAUCCCGGGUACCACUCCGAGCUUCAACUGCUGUUUCUCUUCCUUUCGCCCUGAAGGGGAAACGGAAGUGGUGUGCCUGGCAUAUUUGCCGACCUAUGCGCCGGAGGAUAUCGUCUCGCGAGUACAGACGGCGGAUGCCAUUGCAAAGGUCGUCAUGAUUACCACGGGAUCGCGACCCGAAAUUUUGCCGCUGGACAAAACUCGACUCCAGAAGUCGGCGCUAGGCAAGCUAUCGCGUGCCAAAAUCAAACAGGCCUAUGAGCAAGGUGAUUACCAGGAAUAUCAAAGGGUGAACAGCGAACAGAUUAAGAGCCACCGCGCAGCCACUGGAGCGAGUCCUAAAGAUGAGCUAGAACAAAAGAUGCUCACCAUCUUCGUCCACUCUUUGGGAGUUACAGAACUGGGGUUCGACGUAGAGACCCCCGUUUUCGACAUGGGGAUUACUUCCAUCGAAUUGAUUAAGCUCAAGAAAGACCUUGAAGACCAUCUCCAGCUCACGCGAGAAAUCCCAAUGGUGGCUUUGAUGUCAAACUCAACCGUCCGAGAACUGGCCAACGCUCUCCGUGAGCUCCAAGCCCCUCACCAUUACAACCCGGUGGUGACACUUCAGAGUCAAGGCAACAAGACCCCCCUCUGGCUUAUCCAUCCUGGCGUUGGUGAAGUCCUUGUUUUCCUCAACUUGGCAAAAUUCAUGGUCGAUCGCCCAGUGUAUGCUCUUCGGGCGCGUGGCUUUAACGAGGGAGAAGACCCAUUCGGGACGAUCCCGGAAGUUGUCACCACAUACCACGCGGCUAUUAAAAUGCGACAACCCAAAGGACCGUACGCGUUGGCUGGUUAUUCGUACGGUUCCAUGCUGGCUUUUGAGGUGGGCAAGGUGCUCGAGCAAAAGGGGGACGAGGUCCGUUUCCUGGGCUCGUUUAACCUUCCACCACAUAUCAAGACGCGCAUGCGCCAGCUUGACUGGAAAGAAUGUCUUCUCCAUCUCUCGUACUUCCUGGACCUGAUGACCGAGGAGCAUGCAAGGGAACUCGCUGCCGAACUAGAGGGAGCAACCAGGGAUGAAACCCUUGCCAAGGUGAUGGAAGAUGCAAACCAGGACCGCCUUGCGGAACUGGCCAUUUCGCAGUCGGCACUGGCCAAGUGGGCCGGCCUGGCAUUUGCUCUGCAGAGCAUGGCAGUAGACUAUGACCCCACCGGUUCGAUUGCAGGAAUUGAUAUCUUCUAUUGUACCCCACUUGCGGUGGUUGCGGCCUCGAAGGAGCAGUGGCGCGAUGAGCAUCUGAGCAAGUGGGACCACUUUACCCGGACUGAGCCGAGAUUUCACGAGGUUGGAGGGGCUCACUAUACCAUGCUAGGACCGGAACAUGUUCUCAGAUUCCAGAAGACGCUGCGGGGAGCGUUGAGUGCCAGAGGACUCUGA